AUGCGCGUCUUCUCCGCGUUGCUAUCUGUGGUAGCGCUUCUACCGCUCGUAACACGCGCUGCUUUCCACUCCAACAAUACGGCCUGCACUCGUCACUAUACCGUCCAAGCAGGCGACACGUGCGACAAGAUCGGUCAAAAGACACUCACGUCCACAUAUCAGAUUCUCGCGUUCAACCUUCUCGACGCCGGUGCCGACUGCUACACGCUCGAAAUCGGCACAAAGCUCUGCCUCGGUCGCUACGGCAACGACUGCCAAUUUGUCCAUCAGUGCACCGACCAAGACACGUGCGAAAGUAUCGCCAACGCCUACGGCAUCACUACCCAGCGUCUGCAGAGCAACAACCCCAGCCUCGACUGCGAUAUUGUCUACGAUGGCUUGAUGCUUUGCGUCAGUGCCGGAAGCAUCCGUCCCCCUGCCGAUAGCAGCCUAAAUGCCACCGACGCCAAAGUGGCAAGGGAACAGGCUAGGCAGGCGUGGCUUGCUCAGCAGCCUGUUCAAGCCCCACAGCCUGCGUCGAGGCAAAAGAGCAAAUCACACCAUACACACUCUCCCACCAGCAACAAGCACACAUCACACAGCCCCCACCACCACCACCACCAGCAGCAUCACAAACAUGCAUCAAACGGCGGCGGCAAACAAAUCCACGAGUCACAUUCGCAUCAAGCCGCGGCUGCACCAACCACCCACCAAGCGCCACAACAGCAAUCAAGAGCAGUCAACCUCGAAAGGUCCUCCUCGCUGACAGUGGAGCGAUCGUCAUCCUCACAGUCAACAGAUGACCUUUUCAUUGACGACCUCUUGACAAAGGCGCCACUCGGUUCCAAUCAUACGCCAAACCUUCCCGAGCAAGUCACGCUGUACAAGCGUCAUCGUUCGCUCUCCUCUCGUUCACAUCAUCAGCAGAGGUCACAUACCCCCUGA